AUGAGACUCCAGAAAUUCUGCAAUAGAUUUCACUUUUCAAGAGAUGAGAAGCGGAUUCACGAAUCACAUUUCCUAGUGUAUAUCUACAAAGUUGUCAUUGUCAUCGCCGAAAGCAUAACAUCAGUGUUCAAGACCGAUGCCUUGAUGUCUCAAAACCAUGAUUUAUUUGAAAGCCUCGUCGUGAAGAAAAGAAUUAAAGUGGACAGGGAAGGGACUUGGUGCUUGCAAACCACAGCCACUCCAAGGUGCCUACACCUCCAGACAGUCAUUCAGGUAAUGGGGUUCGAAACUGACAACAAGGACGCCACUGACACCGACUGGCAGUCAGGUACAGUGGGAAUCUAG